AUGGGAGAGUUUGAAGAACAUGCAUUGGAUAGACCAGAAGAACGGGAAACUGAAGAUGGCAGUCCAGGUGAACGGGAAAUCGACGAUUGCACUCCAGGUACAUCACACGUAGUGCCAUCGUCGAAAGGUGAUGAUAUGAUUGAGGAGCCAAAGUCGGGCAUGGAGUUCAAUUCGUUUGAAGAUUUGUUUAGGAGUGAGAGGUCAGAGGAUCAAAGUGUCAGAUAUGUUACUCUUGGUUGUGCACGGGGAGGGAAGGCACGGGUUAAGACAUCCAAUGUUGCCAACCCACGUCCGACGGGAAAGACAGAUUGCAAGGCAAGGAUAAAUGCCUUGAGAGUCGAUGGAAAGAUGCAGUUGACAACAGUCAAUAAUUCACAUAAUCAUGUUACCAGCCCACAGAAAUCUCGCUUCUACCGAUGUAACAGAGAAGUGAGUGAGACAGUUAAAAGAGUCCUUGACACCAAUGACUUAGCGGGUAUCCGAUUGAACAAGAGUUACGGAUCUCUUGUAGUUGGUGCAGGUGGCUUUGAGAACCUGCCAUUUCUGGAAAAGGAUUGUCGCAAUUACAUCGACAAAGCCCGUCAUCUACGACUUGGUGCAGAUUUUGCCUAUGGCAUAUACUGA